AACCUGUCAGAUAGGGUGCAAUGAAAAUUAGAUAGAGUCAUAUUUUAAUACGAAUAUAGUUUAUUAAAAUUAUAUAGUUUAACCAAUUAAUAUUAUGUCAGCGGAACUGGAAAAUGAGUGGACAGAAAUAACAAAUGACGCUGGAAUUAAUUUCGACAAGAAACAGUACUGGUGGGCAAAAAUACUACAGAAUUAUAGUGCUGAAGGAAGACAAUAUCAUGAUUUACUAAGUCUGGAAGAGAAAUUUAAGCAUUUUCAAACAAUCAAAACACAGUUAAAGAAUCCAGUGGCAGUGGCUUUUGCAAUAUUUUUCCAAUACUUAGAGUAUAGCCCAAGACUGGUGGAUUAUAACAAGAAGAAUAUUGAGCUUUUCACAGAGUUUUUCAAGGACUGUGAACUUGGGCUGGAAAGUCUGCUGUACUCGGAUGUGAUCGUUCUGCUAGAAGCUGCAGACACCAGUAGCACAGAGGAGCACAAAACAGAUGGGGCCAUAGGAGCAGACGACAAACACUACUUCCUUGACCUUGAUAUGGUGGUGCUGGGAUCUUCCCCGGAGUCGUAUGCUGCCUACGCAGACAAGGUGAAACAGGAAUACCACUUCCUCCCGCCACCUGUGUACAAUGACUUGCGGGUCAAGGUUCUUCAAAACUUUCUACAGAUACCAAACAUAUUUGCAACCAAAGAAUUUAGGGAAAAGUACGAGGCACAAGCAAGAAGUAACAUUCAGAAGGAGGUGGAAUCACUGAAAUAAAAAAACACGCUUAUUAAAUGUAAUUGUAACCACAGAAAUAUAUGUGCUUAUGUAUAUAAU